UCUGCGUUUCCGGUCGGAGGCCUUUGCGGAGAGCCCCGCGUCCCUAGGGGGCGGCGGUGGCCGUGGAGGCGGCGGAGGCAGCGGGGGGAUCCGGAAGUCAACACCAUGUCGAGUCUGCACAAGAGCAGGAUUGCAGAUUUCCACGAUGUCCUGAAGGAGCCCACCAUCGCCUUGGAAAAGCUUCGGGAGCUCAGUUUUAGCGGCAUCCCCUGUGAGGGCGGACUGCGGUGCCUCUGCUGGAAGAUUCUGUUGAACUACCUCCCCUUGGAAAGAGCCUCAUGGACCUCCAUCCUGGCCAAGCAGAGGGAGCUAUAUUCUCAGUUCCUGAGGGAAAUGAUUAUCCAGCCUGGCAUUGCCAAGGCCAACAUGGGUGUGUCCAGGGAGGAUGUCACCUUUGAGGACCAUCCGCUCAACCCCAACCCUGACAGCCGGUGGAACACGUACUUCAAGGACAACGAGGUGCUGCUGCAGAUUGACAAGGACGUCCGGAGGUUGUGCCCAGACAUAUCUUUCUUCCAGAGAGCCACCGAGUACCCCUGCCUCCUUAUCCUGGACCCCCAGAAUGAGUUCGAGACCCUUCGAAAGCGGGUGGAACAGACAACACUGAAAUCCCAGACAGUGGCCCGGAACCGGAGUGGAGUCACAAAUAUGAGCUCCCCACACAAGAACUCUGCGCCGUCAUCCCUGAAUGAGUAUGAGGUGCUGCCCAACGGCUGCGAGGCCCACUGGGAGGUGGUGGAGCGCAUCCUGUUCAUCUACGCCAAGCUCAACCCUGGCAUCGCUUACGUGCAGGGCAUGAAUGAGAUCGUGGGGCCCCUCUAUUACACCUUCGCCACCGACCCCAACAGCGAGUGGAAGGAGCACGCUGAGGCAGACACCUUUUUCUGCUUCACCAACCUCAUGGCUGAGAUCCGGGACAACUUCAUCAAGAGCCUGGACGACUCACAAUGUGGUAUCACUUACAAGAUGGAAAAGGUGUACUCCACCUUGAAGGACAAGGACAUGGAACUCUACCUGAAACUGCAAGAGCAGAACAUCAAGCCCCAGUUCUUCGCCUUCCGCUGGCUGACGCUGCUGCUGUCCCAGGAGUUCUUGCUGCCCGACGUCAUCCGUAUCUGGGAUUCCCUCUUCGCCGAUGACAACCGUUUCGACUUCCUCCUCCUGGUCUGCUGCGCCAUGCUCAUACUGAUCCGGGAGCAGUUGCUGGAAGGGGACUUUACCAUAAACAUGCGGCUCCUGCAGGAUUACCCCAUCACAGAUGUCUGCCAGAUCCUACAGAAAGCCAAGGAACUCCAAGACUCAAAGUAGUCUGCUGGCAAGAGGCCCAGUUUGGGAGAGAAGACACGACCCCUGUGCCCUGGCUUCUGGGACACACAGGAGCCUCUGGGAUCCCAGCCAGCCCGAGGGGAAGCUGCAGGACCGGCCCACUCCAGGCCGCCUCAUCUGGCUCCCUCACCCUAGGCCGCUCCCGCUGGGGGCACACUGUGCCAUGCUCCUUUCUAACCACCCAGCCCUGGCUCCCUCCCUGCUCUUCGACCCGGAGGCCUUUUGCCCAGGCUGCCGAGCAAGGCUGGAGCUCAUGAGGUAGUUUCUUGGAGCUGGGGCACACUGGGGGCACUGGGGGCCGGCAGGGGUCCUUCCCUGCCUCGGCUGCUCCCUUCGCCCUCUCCUGCUCGGGUCUUCUGGGCUCUGGUUGCAGGAGGUACUUGGCAAAUGAGCCAGUACCACUUCUUCUGGGGCUUGGUGCUUAGGCUUCUCUAAGGUGGGGAAGGUGACACUGUGAAGGAGCUAAGAAGCUGCCAGGCCCAGGUCACACCCUCUGUCCCUCUCCCACUGAGUGAGUUUCCGUCUGUAGUCAUGGGUGGGUGUGUCUGUGUGUCCUCAUCCACCAGGUAUCUGCUGCUCCUGCGUGGGUGUUGGGCAGUGUGUGUGUGAGGGGGUGGGCUAUCUGUGCUCCUUCGAGGUCUGUCUUCUCUGUCCUCGUACCCUCAUAGAGUGUGUGUGACUGUCUCGCUCUGUCUGCCCCUCUCUCCAUUUCCCUCUGCCCUUUUCUCUUGGGGUGCCUUAUCCCCAGCCUCUUCCCCCUCCUGCUCCCCUCCAUUGCAUGAACCCCAGAGACAGAAUGAGGAGUCUGGCGAAGUCCCUGGGGGUCAACUUUGGCCUGUUCCCAUCCCCAGCCCUAGGUCCCUGGGUCCCACAGACCGGGAGGGAGGCCGUAGUGUCUCACUGGAGGGCCCUGAAUCUGCUCCCGACAGAAAUCUUGGGAACCAAAAGCUGCUGAGAAAUGGUGGCCCACAAGGCUUUGGGCCCCUUACCCUCCUUUCUGCCCAGGGUUGGAAGAAGGAGACGAGGGAGAGCUGAGUCUUCCAGAGAUGCCCCCUAAAGGCCCUUGUUUCCCGAAGGAAAAGGGCACGAAAGUGGUACUGUGCCAGGGGUUGGGAUCCAAGUGCUUCAGAAGAGUAGUCCUUCCCAUGGCUUCCAGGUUCCAGCCCAGGGCGGUGAGUCCCAUAAAGGGCAGGUGGGGCCAACGGGAGCCUCCCUGGGCCAGGGGUAGCUGAGCUUAACAGCCUGGAUCCUUUCGGUGCGAGGAAAGGCGUGUCUCCCCCAAGCAGGGUGAAGGAGCUCCUGGCCCUUCCCUGGUCACCUGCUUGAGCUCUUCCCAGGAUUUGGGGCAGGGGCACUCUGGGCGGAAGCAGCUGGCUUCUCUUGCCACUGGGCUGUGCAAGGAGUGGGCUUAUUUUGACCAAGCCCCUCCUCCUCUUGUGAGGAGGCAGGUGGUUUGGGUCUGGAAGGCUGGGCAGUGUAGCAGGGGGUCCUCAGCCUGUCCUCGGACUGGCCAGCGGUGGCCCUCUUGUCCCCACCGCCUUCCCGAGUCAGGCAUCCAGGACUUUGGGCCAGGAAGAGCUGUCCGCCAGUGGCUCCUAUCCCAGGCUGUACCUUGGAUGCUGCUGGGAUGUUAUGCACAUGCCUUUUUGCCUCCUCGUCUCCCAACACACAGUAUUUGGGAGAUUGUUUACUAUUUAUUCAGACCCCUGGUUAUUUAUUGCAGACUGGCUAAUGCUUGACUUGGAGGUGAAGGGUGGGGCCAGGAGGGUAAAAAGCAGUUGGAGACAGUCUUCCUGACUUUGCAAGGUCAGAGUCCGCAUCCUCUCCCCCUGCCUCUGGCACCUUCCUGAUUUUCCAGCAGUUCCUGGCUGGGAGGGCUGUGAGCUCCGUCCUGGAAUUGAGGGUAAGGGAUGGGGGGAGGGCUGCUGUUGAGAGGGCUGGUAUCGUCUCUGGACCACAAGACCCCAGCAUGGCGCAGAGACACACUUCCCAACAGCCUGGCUCGGCCUCUUCCCAGAACUUGUCAGCUGGUGGUUCAUUCCCAACUUUGACCCCUUCACAGCCUGAGGCUUGGGCCCCAGCCUGGGCCCCAGCAGACUCUGCCCAGGACACCUGAUGCAUUCCCUCUUGCCUGUCCCCCCUGCCUUCCCUCCUGGGGCCAUACUACUUGAAUCACUGCGUCUGAUUCGCCUCAGUGGUAGGCUUAGGUCCAGUGCUCUCUCCUUGACUUUGGGACGAGGGUCAAGAGCACAGGGACCGUGUGCAGAUUAGGCUGCACUCCCCAGUGGGAUACUGCCUGGGGAAAGGGCAGGCCCUUGGUGAUUCCCCCUUCCCAGACUCUCCAGAGAGGUGCCCUGAGAGCCAGAGUGCCUGAGGCUUCCCCAUUGGGAAGCUGCCCCCAGGACUUUGGACACUUAGAGAUUGGGCUAUAUGAACUCAGCAGGUCUCACUCUGGGGUCAGAAUGUGAGUCUGCUUUUGUUCUUUUCAUCAGUUUUAUUCCUUGAAUCAAUGCUGUUGAUGACAAGUUGUCUUUAAUAAAUCAUGUGUUCUUUGCAAUGGG